AUGGCUUGGCUGUCGGCGAAGACACGUCUCGCUACUGUUUCAUUGCCGCCUCCUCGCCACCACCGAAGAAUCAUCGGAGCAGCCAUCGUCCUGGUUUCGUCGUCGGCGAAGACGAAGGGUCACGAGGUGAUCGUAAAUCGCUGUUCGUGGGCAUUGUUGAUAUUCAUGGUUAGGUCACACGCAUCCUCUUCUCAUUCUUCUGUUGCUCUGUUUCAGCCCGAGUCCGCCACCGUCACGCUGUUGCUGCCUCCGACCAUCGCAUGUCGCCGAGAUGGCGGUUGCGGUGACGUUUCCUUAUUUUGUAAAAUCGAGGAAGGGCCACCACCACCACCGUGA